AGCCCGAGGGCGCGAGCGGCUUCGCUCUCCGGGAUGCGGGACGCAGGAUGCCGCCGCCGCGCCCGGUCCCGCCGCGCCUGGUCCUGCCGCUGGCCGCGCUGCUCUGCCUGGGCUGCGGGGAGCCAGGGACAGUGCUGCCCAGCCCUCCAUCCGUGUGGUUCGAAGCAGAGUUUUUCCACCACGUCCUCCACUGGGCGCCCAUCCAGAAUUCGUCGGAAAGCACCCGCUAUGAAGUGGAGCUGCGGAGGUACAGGGGCGGGGGGUGGGCUCUGGAGGCCCGUGUCCAGCUGCAGCCAGACCCCGGUGCUGUCCUGCGACCUCACUAUGGUCACCCUGGACCUGUAUGACCUCAAAGGAUACCAUGCCAGAGUCCAGGCCGUGGACAGAGGCCGGCGCUCCGACUGGACCGUCACCCAGACCCGCUUCUCCAUAGACGACGUGAGCCUGACGGUGGGCAGCGUGGAGCUGGAGAUACGCGACGGCUUUGUCCUGGGAAAGAUCCAGCCGCCCAGGCCCAAGGCGGCCCCUGCCGGCCACACCUACGAGCGCAUCUUCCCCCAGUUCCAUGAGUACGAGGUCUCCAUUCGCAAGGUGCCCGCACGCCAUGAGUUCACAAACAAGAAGGUAAAUCAUGAGAACUUCAGCUUCCCGAUCCCCGGCGAGUUUGGGGAGUUCUGUGUCCGGGUGAAGCCGGCUGUGACCUCCCGCACAAACAAGGGGGUCUGGUCGGAGGAGGUGUGCUUCCUGCUCGCCGCCAAGCAGUACUUCACCGGGACCAACCUCACCAUCUCCUUCGCCCUGGUGCUGCUGCUCUGCGGGGCCCUGGCCCUCCGCCUGUACCUGCACCGCCGACAGAAGCUGCCCGCCGUCCUGGUCUUCGGGAAGCCCCAUCCCUUCAGCCCCGUCGGCCAGCUCCCCCGCCCGGAGACCCGAGACACCCUCCACGCCGUCGACGAGCAGGCCUUCGCCAAGGUGUCCCCGGAGCUGAGGAACUCCGAGCUGCAUGGCAGCACCGACAGCGGCUUCGGCAGUGCCAAGCCGUCCUUGCAGACCGAGGAGCCCCAGUUCCUCCUCCCGGACGCCCUCCCGCAGGCCGGGGGCACCCUGCGAAAGGGGGACCCCCCGGACCCCGAGAGCAGCUGCAGCAGUGCCAGCACGGACAGCGGCAUCUGCCUGCAGGAGCCCCGCUGGGUGCCGCAGGCGGGGGGCCAGGAGCACGGGGGCCAGGAGGACAGCGGCAUCGGCCUGGCCCACCACUCUGAGGGGCGGACUGAGGACGAACUGUGUGGCUCAGGCGGGGGCCACGUCGGUCCCCUGGAGCCCGAGGCAGCGGAGGGGGAAGACCCGGCUGCAGUGGGAUUUCAGGGCUACCUGAAGCAGACCAGAGGCACGGAGGAGCAGGCAGUCACGGCGGGCUGCCUGGAAGAGGAGGCCUCCUCCGCUGAUGCCUCUGUCCCCCAACUCAGGAUGUGCCCGGAUGCCCAGGAAGCCUGGCCCCCACCAGCCGUGGACAAGGGCUACUUGAAACAGGACCCCCCAGAAGCGACUCUCGCUCCCUUGGGGGCCCUGGCUGGACAGUGGAACCCUGCAGCUGAGGAAUGGUCACUCCUGGGCGUGACCAGCUGUGGGGACUUGGGGACAGCUGAGUGGAGCUUUGCCCGGGACCCCGCCCCUCUGGGCGUGGCAGCCCCGGGCGGCCUCCUGGGCAGCUUCGAUGCAGACCUGGUCACACUGCCCCUGAUUUCCAGUCUGCACGCCAGCGAGUGACUCUGGAGAAGGGCUGUCUUUGCUUCCAGCCACGCCCUGGCGGUCUGAGGAGGGCCCGGGUCAGAGGUGGGCGUGAGGCCAGUGUGGGUGCUGCUCUCCGCUGUGCAGGCCCUGCAGGCUCUGGCAGAGCCUCCUCCCUCCUGGGACUCUGCCUCUGUGACCAGGACCGUGUGCUCAGGGAACCGGGGUUUCCUGGAGUUGGGGUGAGGCCGCCGGGCUGAAGUCAGCUUCCAGCCAGCCUGUGCCAAGGCCUCACAGCAGGCUCACAUCUAGGGGAAAGGAGAGAGCAGUGACCACGUGUGGCUGAGGGCCAGCUGGUCCCCACCUUCCUGGGAAGGUCCCAGGGAGGAGCGCCCGCACCGCAGGCGUCCCAGGCCAGCUGGUCAGUCAGCUCUCAGGACGAGCGGGUGGGGGGUGAAAGGAACUGAACCCCGAAAGGGGCCUGUGGCUCCGAGCCAUCCCCCGGGGGUGUCCUGACUGCUUCCCAGCAAGGAGAGUGGCAGCCGUGGCCACGCCCUCCAUGCGGGCCACACCGACAGCAACACCGAGCCUCGGAGAUGUGCGUUGGUCACAUCUCAGCCCUGCAGGCAGCCGCUGGGUGUGGGCACCAGCUGGUCUGCCCCGGAGGCUGAGGUUGGCACCUGCGGACCCAGAGGCCGGGGCGGGCCGUACUCCCCGCCCUCCAUGCUCAGCUGCACGCCCGGCUCCCUGCUCGGUCUGCUCGUCUGUGAAAUGGGCUCUCCGGGGAAGCUGAGGCGACAUCUCCAGCCGGCGAGCCGGGUGGGAGGAAGCUACCGCGGGCCAGUGAGUCCUCGCAGCGCACAGGCCCUUCGGGGCAUGAAGGGCAGAGCGGCUGGCUGUCAUCAAGCCCGCCUCUGUCGGCAGCGGGGCGCCCCCUGUGCUCAGGCCUCCGUGUCUGUGUGCACAGAGCCAGCUCUUCCCGCACCGAGAGGACCGGAGAGGACCGGAGCGGCCGUCCAGGCUUCCUGCCAGAGCGCGGCUCUGGGCCCGGCGGGGACGGUGUGCGCCCGCUCCCACUGAGUCUGGGAGAUGAGUUCGCAGCCGCUGACAGUCCGAGGGCAGAGAACGGGGUGGGUGGCAGGUGGGCUGGCCCUGUCAUCGCGGCCUGCACUCCAGGGGCAGCUGGGAAUAGCCGUUCUGACCCCGAACCCUCCGCUCUGCCCGGCAGCGCUGGGCCGGCCUGGGAACAGCUCCCGGAGACAGGCCUGAGGCGGGACUCCUCGGGGUUCUGGGCGAGGUUUACUUAUUCCGUUGUCUUAUUUAUUGGAGAAGAGCCUUGUGCAGUAAAGAAUUCUGGGUACUCCAA